UCGACACACUCACUGGAUACGUCUGUUAAUGGCUGGUAGACACGUGCAGUGGGCUUCACCUUUGGAGAUGAACGCAGCAGCAGCAGCAGAGGGCACCAAGGCGGCUCCUCCCAAAUUCAAACAGAAGGAGACCCGCCAGUUCAAGAGCAAAGCUCCCAAAGCUGGACAGAAGGGCUUCGGCAGUGAUGUACCCGGUAUGGAUGGCCUUGGAGAUGCCAACGUGGUCUGUCCCUGGGAGGCCUUCGGAGACAUGGAGCUCAGCGACCUGGCGCAGUUCGGCAUUGUUUAGGUGUAGAUCCUUGCUGUCAUCCGGCUGCGCCUUUAUUCAACUUCAAGGCAUCUGAACACAGAAACCCAUUCCUGCAUUUAAAGAUCCAAGUCUCUUGAUUGAAAUACCUCAUGUUGACUCUGUAUAAGCAGAAGAUGAUAGACCAAGAACAGGAAUGCUAUUAGUGCAGUCAGUGUGUUUGAGAUUACAAUAACUGUGUCUAGUGUGGGUUCAUUGAUAAAUUGUGAUU